AUGCCGAAGGCUCUGCGAGGGACGAUUGAGACAUGCGCGAAGAAGUAUGCAAAGCUGAGUCCGGCGCUGAGUCUUGGCGGUGCUGUCUCCCUGUAUGUGCCCCGUCAGCCGCGUUCUAGCAGCGCGAGUCGUGUCAGUAGGACACUCUUCACACUUUGGUGCGGACUGUUGGAGAGCUAUCAGUUCACCCCAGCCGCAGCCGACGCCAACGCCAACGGUAUCGACAACGGGGUUUCAUUUGUUGUGGCUGAGCGACGCAGGCCAGCUGCGCAGGCAAGCACCGCAUCGUUGGAUUUUGCCACCGACGACAAUGACCAAUGGCAGAGCAUCUUUGGACCACAUGCGUCAAUAGAAGCUCUAAUUUUUCUUCUUCACUGCAGCUUUGCCGACGUGGAUGCCGCCGCGUGGGUGAUUGCCUUUUGUAUCCUUGACAAGCUGCAACUUCGACACUCUGUUGAGAACCGCAUGGGGCGUCUGUGCAAUUCACCGAGGAAUGCUCCCUUUCGUCUUCACCUGGGCAAUUGCUGGAGAAACCUUUUUGUUGCCUUUUCUUUGGCACUCAAGUGGCACAUCGACUACCACAUCACUCUUAACUACAUGGUGACUGUAUUGCCGCCCAACUCACACGACCAGUCGUCUCUGCGUGGAGUUUGCGCCCAGACGGAGUGGCACAUGUGCCAUUCUCUGAACUUUGAUGUAUCUGUCCGACCUGCCGAGUUGUUGCAGCUCCUGGAGGACUUUCUCACCUUGGAAGAACGGGAAUGCAUCAUGUGCUCCAUCACCCAUGAAGCGGCGCUGGGGCGCUUUUUUUUGUGA